AUGUUUCCGCUGCACUUCAUCGUCUUUUCGUUCUUUGCUGUGGCAGUCUGGGCUGCAUGCAACGGCCAUGAUAAGUUAUGCAAGCGCAAGUACUCGGAAACCACCUUUAUCGGAGCUCACAACAGUGCUUUUGUCGGUAAACAGCCAUCCCAAAACCAAUACCUUCCAGUAACAGAGCAGCUCAACUUCGGCGUACGGUUCUUGCAAGCUCAAACGCAAGACAAGAACGGCGAUAUACAGAUGUGCCAUACUCACUGUUGGUUGUUGGACGAAGGUCCAAUAGAAGACUACCUGAAAGAUAUAUCAAGUUGGAUGGCGAAUAAUCCGGAUCAGGUUGUGACAUUGCUUUUGACCAACCGUGACGCUUUGCCUAUCGAGAAGUUCGAUGCUGCGUUCAACAGUACGGGACUCAAAGAGUUUGUUUUUCGGCCAGAGAAGAAACUGGCUUUGAAUGAGUGGCCAACUCUUCAGGAACUGAUUGAUGCUGGAACACGUCUCCUUACUAUAACAUGGACGAGAGCAAGAUUGACUACAUCGUCAAUCAAUUCGACUACUUUUGGGAAACACCUUUUUGGUGAACUUGACCACUCGUUCCCUACUUGCGAAGUUGAUCGGCCUGAGAACGGAGAUCCUGCAAAACUUAUGGGAAUCAUGAACCACAUGCUCAAUGAUGAUGUUCUUGGUAUCAUCAUUCCGAGUCGGCUUCGUGCAAAACAGACGAAUUCUGCAAAGUCAAUUCAAAGUCAGGUAGACCUUUGCAAAAGCGAGUGGAGUGCAAAGCCAAGUGUUAUACUUUUGGACUGGGUCAACGUUGGAGAUGCUAUGGAAGUUCAGCUGUUGUUGAACGGAUUGUGA